CAAACCAAGAACAAGAGAGCAAGCAGCGAAGCAGCGAAGCAGCGAAGCAGCGAAGCAUUCUAUAUAAUUUUUUUCUGGCUAUAUUUCCCAAUGAGGGCUUCUGUAGUUCUGGUUCUUCUUCUUGUGGGCAUGGUGGCUCUUCCCACAAUGGGCCUGAUGCCAUGCACGAGGAAUAUGUGGGGCAUGAUGUUGCCGAGAGAUGAUCCUUUCCGAAUCUUGGAGCAGACUCCCCUCAACUUGCCCAAGGCCAUGGAGAGCCUCGAGCUCGCACCUGCUGAUUGGAAGGAGACUUCCCAGGCUCACGUGAUCUCUCUCGAUGUUCCAGGGAUGAAGAGGGAAAAUAUCAAGAUAGAGGUAGAGGAGAACCGGGUACUAAGGAUCACCGGAGAGAGGAAGACUGAGGAGGUGGAGGGCGAGAAGUGGCACAGAGCUGAGAGGACCUCCGGCAAGUUCUGUAGGCAAUUCAGGCUUCCGGCGAGCGCCGACGUGGACUCCAUUAAAGCCCACCUGGAGGAUGGAGUUCUGAGAGUGACUGUGCCCAAGCUGGCUGAGAAGAAGACCCAGCCGAGGGUCGUGAACAUAGUAGAAGGGAGCAACUGGGGUGAACAGAUCAAGGCAUCCAAGGUGGACAUCUAAUGAUAUAAUAUUUUGUGGAAGAAGCUUUUUGCAGCUGUUUUUUUUUUUUAUUAUUAUUGGCUCUCUAUGUGGUGCGAACUUGUUACUGAAAUGAAAUAAAAUGGCGUUCUAAGCGUGAAGUUCUUCUA